GUAGCGAUGGGAUUGUGAUUCCGAUUGCGAGUGCACCGCUUUCAAAAUCGAGUGGAUUUUCGGCGGAUGCGGACACGGACGCGGGAAAAUUUGUCCAGCAGAGAACGUCCAUGCUGCCAUAUAUUCGUCGUUGUCGUGUUUUCGGCUAGUGUGUUUUUUUUUCAUUCUGUAAUACGACACCACAAGAAGAGAGGCUACUAAACGUAAGAAACCCAAAAGCAAGUUAAGAGACAUCAUGAUGGAGGCGGGUUCUAGGAUGCGGGAUGUGAGACAGUUCCACGAUCUGAUCACCUGUGGCCUCUGCCGUGGCUACAUGGUCGAUCCCACCACUGUGGAUGACUGCUACCAUACAUAUUGCCGCAGUUGCAUACUGAAGCAUCUGCUGCGAAUGCCCUAUUGUCCCGAUUGCAAGAUGAGCCGGGGAGCCAAGGAGAUCAGCGAGAUCACCGAGUCCAAUCUGAGAUCGGAUGAUGUGCUGCGGACCCUCAUCUACAAAAUGGUGCCGGGUCUGUAUCAGCGCGAGUGCCAGGCUCUGGCCGAUUUCGAGGAGCAGCACAAGGACCUGGUGGAUGAGAAGUCGCCGCUCCACCAAGAGUUCUUCACAGCCACGGAGCUGGUGAGUUUGUCGCUGGAGUACCAUCCCGCCAUGUUGCAACAGUGUGGGGCGGGCGAGGUGCCACCCACCAUCUAUUUGCAAUGUGCCGCGGGCCUGAGGGUGGAGCUGUUGAAACGAUUCCUCUGCUCCAAGUACAACAUUGAGGCGGACAACAAGCUGGUGGAGGUGGAGGUCACCUACGAGGAUGAGGUCCUGCCCUCACAUUUCACGCUCAUGGAUGUGGGAUAUUGUUACAAGUGGAGUCGGCAAUCGCCGAUGGCCUUUUGCUACCGGAUUCUGCUCUACGAGAGCGAACGGGCAAAAAACGAUGAGAACAAUCUAUCCAGGAUUAAUCAGGACAUUGAACCAGGCCAGACAGUGUCGCGUCGCCCCAAAGCGGCCAAGUCGGUGUCCUUUGCCGAGGACCUUGAAUCCGAUAUGGACACCAUUUCGUCACCGCGUUCCAAGCCGCGCAGUAACAAGUCCUCGCCGAAGGUGUCGCCCCAGUCCAAGGCCGCCAAGCGUUUGGCCAAAAAGGAAGCGGAACCGGAACCCGUCAGCACUUUCAAGAGCCUUCGCAGCAAUGAUAUGCGUUAUAGCGACUAUGCCGUGCCCCGGGUGAAGUGUGAGCCGGAGCAGGAGCUGGCGGAGAGUCAGCGGGAGCGGGAACAGCCACUGGAGGUCAAUACCAAUAUUGUGGUCAGCAUCCCGCCUUCGCAACUCAUCAAGUCCUACGGGGAUGUCGAAGACUUUGAGCUCAAGACGGCGAAUCGCAAGGUUUCCGGGAAUCUGCCGAAGCUCAAGAUCGAGCUAAACAGCAUGAGGAGCAAGCUGAGUAUGCCGCUGUCGGCUCAUGGUCGACUGGAGGACACCAGCUCAUCUGCAUCUGCGCAGCAGUUGGACCUGGAGACGUACGCCAAGAAUAUUGGCCUCAAACCGAUCGAACAGCCCUCGGUUGUGGCCGUUGCCGACAGCAAGUACAGUCCCAAUGCCUCGCCCAUGUCCUCGUGCUCUAGUUCCACCAACGGAUCCACCUCCAGCCUGGGCACUGCCGAUGCCAGUACCUCGACCAGUACCAGUUCGCACCGGAAACGGAAGAAGAAACACUCCAAGGAGCCGAAGGAUGCGAAUGGAAAGCGGAAGAAGCUACAUGCCGAGAUAUCCUCGCAAACGGAUGGCAAAAUGAAGGUGAAGAUCACAUCGACGCCGAAGCACAAGCUGGACUUGAAGCGCUCCCAUUCGAUAGCUGGCGGAGAGCUGGCUCUCCAGCAGCUGAAACUGGACGAGAGGAGCAUCCAGUCAUCCACGUCGGAUGUCCUCAACCGGACCUUGGGCGAGGAGGCGCGCAGCAUUAGCAGUCUGGUGGUGGGUGGAGCUCCCACUCCGCCGCCCACGCCCACAACGGAGGCGUUGGUGCAACAGCCACCCCAGGUGGCAGUGGCCAAGACCAAGGAGAUGCCCAGCUUGCCGACUUCGCCGCCACUACCCCCCAGUUUGUUUAAGGCCUAUACCCCCAGUGCGACUCCCACGAUUCCGGCGAAAACCAAGGUGGCGCCACAGCAUCAGCAGCAGCAGCAGCUGCAUCAGUUGCAACAACAGCACCAGGCACACGCCGCUCUGGUGAAGACCAAUCCCGCCGUCAAGCCCCCGCUGACCAACAACAACAAUCGGAAGCUGUCCGGCGGACACUUUGCGGUGCCACAAGCGCCCGGUAACCGGAAUCUAUACCACAUGCAACGGUACCAAUCCACACCCAGUUCGAUAGCCAGUGCGGCCAACAAGCAGCCGAAGCGAUCACUCUCCCUGGACGAGUCGCAUCCCGCCAAGCAGGCCCGCUUCCAGGAGGCCCAGGCCAUGGCCAACUACACGGCCAGGAAGUAUCCGCUGAGCAGCCAGACGACGGUCUAUCUGCCCAAUCCCCAGCCCCGACUCUACGGUCCGGACAUGAGCAACAAGACCCCGAUGCCACUACUGUGUCCCACCAGCAUGUCCCUGCCCGGCUCGAGUUUGGGCAGCGGUUCGGUCACCAUUACGGCCCGGCCGAGAGCCAAUCAACAGGGUUAUUCCUAUCCCGAGACCAGCAAUCAAAUUCCGGCUCUGGAAAUUGUGAGAUUGGGACCGGGCGGCAAGCAGGCAGGACCAAAGACCAUGCCACCGCUUAGCCCGCCGGCGGCAUCCACCUCGAUGGCGUCGAUUGGGGCUUCGGGUAGUCGGUUGAUGGGACCACCGGCAGCUCUGCCCAGUAAGAACUCGGUGAAGAUGCCAAUGCCGUUGCCAAUGCCAAUGACCACAAUACCAACGAUUGUCAAGUCGCCGCCACUGUCAGUGGCAUUGAGUGGCCAAAGGAGCAACAGCAGCAGCAGCAGCAGCAACAAGGGUAACAACAGCAACAAUGCUGCUUAUCGGACAUCGCCGCCUGCAUUAAUAAAUCUGCGGAAUACUGCACCACACUCUGCAACAUUUCCAUCAAAGUCGCAACAUCAGCAGCAACAGCAGCAACAGCAACAACAAAGUGGAAAGACAGAGAGCAAUUCAAAGAAAUCCCCGCCAGCCGCCAAUGGUACUAGUGCCUCAUUGGAGAAGUCGAAAACGAGUUUGCGAGAGUUUAGGCCGGCAGUAACAGCAGGAGCUAAGGAUGCCGACAUACUUGAUUUAUCAGCAAAUCCAGGAAGGAACAGCCAAAGUAACCAUGCCACCAAAUUGGCCAUAACAACAUCAGCAACAACAGCAGCAACAUCUGCAACAUCUAUUACUAGCAACAGCAGCAGCAGCAAUAGUUUAGAGGCAGCCUUGAAUAAAAUCAAACAGAAUAUAUCCGCCAACAGUAAUGGAGGAAAUGCUGCUGUUGUUGUUGCAUCUUCGACUUCCACUAAUGCCAAUGGUAGUAGCAACACCAGUAACACCAACAACAAUAGCAGCAGCAACAAGAGCAACAGCAACACCACCACCACCAAUGGCAGCAACAACGGCGAUGAUCUACAAAAUCUGCAUAUGCUCUCGGAAUCAGCAACCGCUCGGGAAAAGAUCUCGAUAAAGGUGGCCAGCUUCGAGAAUAAGCCAAAAAAUGCCAAUUCCAAUGCAUUGGUGAGACCACAGAAUGCAUCAGUUAGGAGUAUACCGAAUCCCUCGGCUCUGGCCUUUCGCAAUCAGCCAGCAGCAGCAGCAACAUCAGCCACGACAACAGCAACAUCAACAGCAGCAGCAACAGCAACGACGACAACAACGACCAAUAUUAGCAAGCCGUUGACUGUGCGGGCCGAGGAGAGAUCUACCAAAGGAUUACUGAGUCCUAAUAGUACCACCACCACCACCAACAACAACAACAACAACAAUAAUAGCAACAACAACAACAACAACAACAACACUAGCAGUAGUAGCAACAAUUCUGCUGCAACAUCGCCGCGUGCAAUGACCAAGAAACCAACGACCAUUGAUCAAGUUGCUGCCAAUUUGAAUAUUCGGGCCGAGGCCAAGGCGGCUGCCCUCGCCGAGGAGGCGCCACCCGUUCUCAGUAGCCGUACUUCCAAAUCCCCGGAACUGGCCAAGACCACACCGGCGACUAGUUCCAGGCCGGAAUCCAAGGAGACAUCCGGCGGUGGAGCCAUCACUGUUUCGGCCGCCAGCACACUGCUGUCCAUGCCGGUGGCGACGGCGACGGCGGCAGUGUCCUCCAGUUCUGUUCCGGAACCGCUUUCCAAGCCUCCCGUGCAGAUCGCCGCCACCGAUACACUGGCUCCCGUGGCGAGUUCCGCUUAGUCACCAGCGUUUCUUUGGCUGUGCGGAACGCAAAUGUAUCUUGUGGCGCCGCUGGAGAAUCUACAAGAUACAACAACGGCAGAAGCAACAAGCAACAACCUGCUGUCGCAGUCGCAGUCACAGUCGCAGUUUUUCAACCUCGCUCCCGAAGAAAAGUGCAAUUUAAGUAACCAAGUAAACAGUAAACAGUUGUAAGCCUUAGAACUAACCCGAAAUAGCCUCAACGCAAAGCAAUAUCUACUCGCAGAUACUUACAUAUACAAUGUAUCUGCUAGAUACGUUUAUACAAUUCUAGGGUAAACCACAUCAUUUGCAUAUGUAUGGGUGGGUGGUAUGGGUGGUAUGGGGGGGUGAGCAAAUAUUUGCAAUCGAAUUAGUACGCCUCCACAUACUAACAAAAAACAUAAAUAAUCUAACCUAAAGGCAGGAAUGUUUGCUUUUUUAUUUUUAUAUUUUUUUUCUCAAUAUUCAUAAAUUUAAAAAAAAUAAUCCAAUGAUAUAAAAAAUAAAGAAAGAGGGGGGAGGAGAAUAAUAAUCAAAUGCGCUCGCCGCUCACUUGUUUUUGUUGCGUUUUUGUGUCGUCGCUUGGCAGACAAGCAAAAAGCAAAACAACAACAAAUUAAUUAUAAAAUAUCAGCAACAAAUAUGUGUAAGCCAGAGAUAAGGUCACACACAGAUACAAACAUUAGCACGCACAUUUGCGAAAUGCCUUUUUGAUAGAUAGAUCUUUGUUUUGUUUUUGUUUUUUGUUUGUUUUUUUUUUUUGGGAAUUUUUUGGGGAAAGUCCCAGUCGAAGAAGUUGCGAUAGUAGCAUUUCUUAAAUAAAUAAAAAAUGAAUAAAAUGGUUAAAAGAGAAGGUUAGCAGAGAAACAAAAAUUGAUAGACCGGAAUCGCAUCAGGAAUAUUUGAUUACAGUGAGUGCCGAAAGUGUUGGCACUUGUACACUCCCCCCUCCUUACAACCUCCCUCCCCCAACCAAUCCCAGGAAAAUCAGCCACGAAGUGUGAAAAUUCGGGCUGGUGGAUGGAAACCAGACACACACACACAGACUCACCCAUAUCUAUAAGGAAAAAAGAUACAACCGAUACCCGAUACACACUCACGUUCUCCAUCGGGGCGAUAAAAUUUUAACGAUUUUGCGCCGUUUUGAGCGAGCGUGUCAAGCAUAAAGAUACAAAACAAUACUUGGGCAUAUAUAGCAUAUAAACAAAAUAAAAUAAAACAAAAGCAAACAAAAAAAAAAAGCGGAAUAAUGAAAAUAACAAACUAACACAGAGGCCGGCACAGACAGCCCAGGCCCAGGCACACACUAGCUUAUAUAUUAUACAUUUAUAAAUAUAUAUCUUGUAGAUACUUUUUCGUAUUAGUUGUUUAAGCGCGUUACGUUUAAUUGCAGCACGAACUUUGUACAUAAAUUUAAAAUCGAAGCCAAGCGAAAUCAAAUAAUACAAAAUGAAAUGAAUAAAAUUAAACAAAAAGGGAAUGGAAAAAAGAGAGAAAAAAAAUCAAAUGAAAAUAAAUUUUAAUUUUUAGAGCUUCGACCAAAACAAAUACCUAUAUAUUAUACACCCAAUAUACAGACUAUAUACUCUUAUAUUUGCGAUAUUCGUACACUCGAAAAAAGGCUUUAGGUUCUUAUACUUUUCAUCCUCUUCUUUAGACCUAGUUGAUAUUUCUGUUUAUUAUAAUUUUUUUUUUUUUAUUCGUUAUUUAUAUUCGCCUGUACAUAUUUUUAAUGAAAAACCAAGUUUACGAGGGAGGAAAGAUAAUGCUAAAAUAGAUGAGUUUCUUAGAGGAAAAUAGUUGCAGGACGUCAGGAAUGGUGAGUGACAGAGAGGGCUGAAGAGGAAAAGGUAAACCAACCCUAUACCAUCAACCCUUAGUCCUUGAAGCAUCCCCUGUGAUCAUAGCCAGGAAUUAACAUAAUUUCCAGGCAAUCAAACAAAUUGAAAGAACUCGGGAUCGUUCAUCCCGAACAUUCAGUCCUGACAGCUUUUCUCAAAAAAACAAAUUCUUAACUCGACUCCUGAUUGUUGUAUAUUUCUUUAAAUAUUCCUACUAUUGAGAAUCUAUAUAUCUAGUUGUGUAUGUGAAAUUUAUUUAAGCUGAUAUUGUACUGUUCGGAAACCUUAACUAAAUAAAUACUUAUGGAAUAUAUAAUAUAUAUAAAUAUUAAAUCGUAUAUGUUUAGAAAUCUGAUUGUAUGCACUUCCUGUAUAUGUAAUAUUGUUAGAAGACCCUCGAAAUGUAAUACACAGAUACACCUCCUAACCCACACACACACACAAAUAUUAAGUUAAAUUAGCUGAUUUUCGAAAACAAUAAAAUCAUGAAAAUGGAAUACCCUGUAUAACAAA